UUCGACCGCAUUACCCGGAUGCUAUUUUUGUAACAUCGUAUGAUGUCCGCGUGGCGAUUUUGACUGGCUUACUCGUCGGCUCGAGGGGAAAGCAUGCCUUCAAGACACGUCUUUUAAAGUGAAUCUCUUUGUUUAACAGUAUGUACUAUUUCUGUAAGGGUCAAGAUUCUAUAUAACUUGUACUCCACCCCACAAACGUAUUCGGCGUUUUCCUGGAUCAAGACUGAGGACGACAGCACUGAAAAGGAUCACAUUGAUCUGCAGUAAUGGCAACUCCUGUGCGUGUACAAAGUGAAAAAGUUAGGUAUAUGAAAGAACACAUCGAAGCAAAAUAUGAAUAUCAAACAACACGUGUUGAAAGAGAACUUGAUGGCAGCUUGGUUGCUAUACCAGAAACUACCACCUACACCUUUCAGACACAUCGAAAGGUACCUAAACUGGGUGUGAUGCUGGUUGGAUGGGGUGGAAACAAUGGGUCAACAGUUACAGCCACAGUGCUGGCUAACAAGUUAGGUAUGACCUGGAAAACUAAGGAAGGUACACAGUCUGCCAACUACUACGGCUCCAUAACACAUGCUGCAACUGUAUGUUUGGGCACAAGCUGUGAAGGAGAGGUGUAUGUGCCCUUAAGGGAUAUUCUGCCAAUGGUCCAUGCCAAUGACAUUGUCUUUGAUGGAUGGGACAUUUCUUCAAUGAACCUGGCUGAUGCCAUGGAACGGGCACGUGUGCUAGACUAUGGGCUCCAGCAACAGUUGCGUCCUUAUAUGGAAUGUCUUAAGCCACGUCAAUCCAUUUACUUUCCGGACUUUAUAGCAGCCAAUCAGGAGGAGCGAGCAGACAAUGUUCUCACAGGCACCAAGCAGGAACUGCUCGAUAAGAUCCGUUCCGAUAUACGUAAUUUUAAAAACAGCAGUGGAGUUGAAAAGGUUAUUGUGUUAUGGACAGCCAACACAGAGAGAUUUUGCGAUGUCCGACCUGGCUUGAAUGACACGGCAGCCAACCUCCUUGACAGCAUAAAGCGUGGAGAGGAAGAAGUGUCGCAAUCUACCCUUUUUGCUGUUGCAAGCAUCCUGGAGGGAGUUACAUAUAUCAAUGGUUCUCCACAGAAUACUUUUGUGCCUGGCUGCGUGGAAUUAGCAGGGCAAAGAAAUGUAUUCAUAGCAGGCGAUGACUUCAAGUCUGGACAGACAAAGUUUAAGUCAGUACUAACUGACUUCCUAGUUGGUGCAGGUAUUAAACCCACUUCCAUUGUCAGCUACAAUCACCUAGGCAACAAUGAUGGUAUGAACCUGUCUGCUCCACAGACCUUCAGAUCUAAAGAGAUCUCAAAGUCGAACGUGGUUGAUGACAUGGUGGAGUCCAAUGCCUUGCUGUACAAGAAAGGAGAGAAGCCAGAUCAUUGUGUAGUCAUCAAAUAUGUGCCCUACGUUGGUGACUCUAAACGUGCCAUGGACGAGUAUACCUCAGAGAUCAUGAUGGGUGGCCGCAAUACCAUCGUGGUGCACAACACGUGUGAGGAUUCUCUACUGGCCUCACCCCUCAUCCUUGAUCUUGUCAUCUUGGCUGAACUAUGUGAACGCAUCAAGUUCAAAGUUGGCAAUGAAGUCGAGUUCCACAGCUUUAACUCAGUAUUGUCUAUUUUGUCUUACAUGCUCAAAGCACCUCUUGUUCCUGCUGGAACCCCUAUAGUAAAUGCCCUCUUUCGGCAGCGGGCCUGUAUUGAGAAUGUUCUCCGAGCUUGUAUCGGGCUUGCUCCCAUUAAUCACAUGUUGCUGGAGUACAAAGCUGAAAAAAUUUUAGAGAACUUGCGGCAACGAUAUGUGCGAGAAGACACCAAGAAAAACCAAAAGGUUGAAGAAACUGUAGACAUCCCUGAUAUUAAAAUUGAAUCUUCAAAGUUUGCUCAUUUGAAUGGAAUAUGUCUAAACAAACAUGUACCUAAUGGUGCUAGCUGCAAGGGCAUGAAUGGUGUUGUGAAUGGACUAAAUAAUGGAUGUUGUGCAGUUAAUGGACACUGAAACUUGUUCUUCCCACUACCCCAAUUUUUUCACAACCUACUAUAUAACGUGAACCUUGACAGAAAUAAAAAUGAAAUCUACCGUUAAUUUUAGUCAUAGCUAGCAUGAUUGUUGUGGGAAAUGAUACUAAAGGCAGCUUACUAAGAAAUACAUAAUACGCCAAAAGCUUCGUAAUUACAGGCCUCCUGUCUGGCACUACAUGAUGCAAAGUAAGCUACUUUUGGUUUUCUGCUGUCACAUGCAAGUGUUUCUUUUCAGUUCUGGUCUUUUUAGUUAUUAAACAGUGUAUUUUCAGUAGCAGGUAGUUCUGUUAACCUCUCAUAUCUCAUUUCCUAAAACAACAUGUAGUUAUCAGCUUGACAGAUUUAACUUAACUGUUUCAGCAGAACAAUGUAGUCGGACCACACAGCUUUUGUCAUCUGUGAGUAAAACUCUAAAAAUAAGUCCAGAGAUGGUUCCUCUGGCUUUAUCAGUUUGUUGAUGACAGAUUUACACGUUUGAGGACUAAGUAUUGUGGCAACUGCAUGAACAUAAAUGCAGCAGUGGCUGCAGGGUUUAUGUAAUUUUUUUUUUUUGGGGGGGGGGGGGAUCAGUAUCAUUCCAGUGUCAGACUGACACCUUUGGCAUUUUUUGUACUGACAUUUAGCAGGUCCCUGUUCUUGAUACAGUUGCCAUGCCCUGAUCUUAGUAACAUAUACUGUCUGAAGGCAACCUCCCCUUCCUUUUAUUUUUAACACAUUUUGUGCUUAUUGUAAGGACAUAAUUAAACUACGCUGACAUUGAUAGAAAUCUCAGAAGAUUUUAAGUCCUGUAAAAAAAAGUAGUAAUUUUAUUUAUGCUUGUUGCUAAGUGCUCAAAUUCUGUGUUCAACUUUUGUAAGGGCUUAAGAUGCCAUAGAAUAUGCUUAUUUUUCUCACUACCAUGUGUAUAGCAAGGUAGCAUUGAACCAUUAUAAAUUAUGCAUUAUUCAGGCUGGUGGCUGACAAGUGUUAGCUUCUAAAAGCCUCUAAAUCAAAUUGGGUCUUUUUUUGUCUUUGUUUUCUAGAGAAACAAAUUAACCAUGACAAAAGUUAUCAUAUUCUUGCAAUCAUUGUAAGAUUCAUGCCAUCAUGUACCUUUGGAGAAAGAAGGCUUAAAGAUUUUUAAAAAAUUUGAAGUUGAUUUAAGGAAUUGUGAAGAUUUAAGUAUGAACGGCUGUGCUCCAAACUUAACUUUUGUCCAUUACCUUUUUUGUGUUGAGAACAAAUAUUUUACUCACAGUUCUUCUGUAAUAAAGAUUGCAACUCCUUUUCAUUUGAGGCUAUACUACAGAAAUAGGUUCAUCAAUGGAAACAAUAAGUUUUUUAGAUUUAACCUUUUUUCACUUUUGUAUUAACAUUUUAUCCCAUUUUUAUAUACUAAUGAAACACUAAGGCUGAUAUUAUAAUGAAGCUGUGGCUCACGUAAAAAUGUUUUUGCAUUUUUUG